AUGCUCGCUGAUAGCCACACCGCUGAUCACGCGUACGAGGACGCCACCUCUUCAUCAUCUACACGCACUACCGCUCGCGAUCCUUACGAGCGCAUCUCCACCGCUGAUCGAUUGCGAACGAGUAGCGGCUCUGCUUCAUCUCCAUCUCCUUCAUCUUCAUCAUCUUCGCCCCACGUACCGCCCACCUUUCCUCGAAGUAGUAGCAGCAGCAGCCCCCCCGCAGCCGACGUCGCCGCCCCCACCACCGGGCCGACCACCAUCGGCGGCGAGGCCGCCAAGCCCAUGUCGUGGAAGACCAAGCUCUUCAUCGUGGCCGUGAUGCUCGCUCAGAUCUGGGACAUCCGGCGCACCGGCAACAAGAUCAAAGAGGCCAAGCAGAAGGAGGACGACGAGCGGCGCAGCAAGUUCAGCCCCAGCCCCACCGCCGCCGCCAACAAGCACGACUCAGCCGCCGCCGUCGUCGCCGAGCCCGAGGCCUCGGCGCCGCCGGCCAAGGCCGCCGCGUCAACGCCGUCAACGCCAGCGUCGUCUACAGUGCGAAAGGCCAACUCGCUGGAGCUGUGGGUGAGUCGGCAGAAGAAGCUGAACCGGAGCCGCCUGAUCCAGCGCAAGCUGGAGCGCGGGCUGAACAAGCACGAGCGCGACGCGGUGCUCAAGCUGUGCAUCCAGUCCAUGAUCGAGGCCCAGCAGGCCCGCGAGAUUCUCUCCGCCGACCAGCAGAACUUUGUCGACAUCGACAACGAGGCCGAGCAGGGCGUGGUCGGGACCGACCGCCGCGAGGUGUCGGUGCGCAAGGUGCUGGCCGAGCGGCUGGGCGCCGAGGUGCAGAUCCGGGACUACGUGGUGAUGAAGACCACGCUGCGGACCAACACGAGCGACACCAACGAAUGGAUCCAGGAGUCGCGACAGCUCCUACAGAGCCGCGCCGACCCCUCGCGCCGCGUGCAGAUGGACAUUCGAACGCGGAUCGUGGAGAUGAAGGACGCGCCGUCGACGAUGGACGCCGAGGAGGGGCUCAUCCUGGUCAAUAACGGGCGCGACCUGAUGCAGGAGCUGGUGCAGCUGGUCGCCCGCCCGCCCGACCACGAGAGCGACAGCCGCAUCGCCACCUACAUCGAGAAGGUCGACAUGUCCUUUGGUCCCUCCAUGUGUCUUGAGUUUGAGUUUGACCACGUGCGCAUCAGCUGA